GGCUAUUACAAGGAUGCGAGGCAAAUGUCGCGAACGGAAUCUAGAACUUGUAACGACACCAUUAGUUAUUACUUCCAACUACCAGAUAUGUCGGGAGUCAGGAUAGCUACUGGGGGCUGCCUCAGACAGUCACCAAGCCUCUGUCUCCUACAAUCAUCGAAUCCAACACGGAAUGCACGCCUGUCCGGAGCUAAACGAUUCCUCUCUGCUUCACAAAUCCGAGUUGCGACGCCAGGAGCGAGCUAUAACCGCAAGCCAACAAAUGGGGAGGGAAAUGGAAAUGCGCCGAGAACGAACGGGGCCAGCAAGCCAGCGUCUAUAGAUGACCAGUCGCCAAUCAACGACAUUACAUCAGGAUUGGCAGACGAGCCGCUCAUUCUCGACGAGGGUAGUCGACAGGUUGACUGGGCCAAGUCUUUCCACGGUCUAUCUGCCCAGCCAUUCUCGAAAGAAGCCGCAGAUAUAUUACUUGCCGAAAUACCCACUGACGAUGUGGAGGUCAAGCCGGACGGAAUUGUAUAUCUACCAGAGAUCAAAUACAGACGGAUAUUGAACAGGGCGUUUGGCCCAGGAGGCUGGGGUCUGGCCCCUCGAGGAGAGACUAUUGUUACACCGAAGAGCAUUACAAGGGAGUACGCACUUGUGGCGCAUGGAAGACUGGUUUCUGUUUCCCGCGGCGAGCAGGCCUACUUCUCCCCAGAAGGUAUUCCUACGGCUACCGAAGGAUGCAAAUCAAACGCCUUGAUGCGGUGCUGCAAGGAUCUCGGCGUAGCCAGUGAACUGUGGGAUCCAAGGUUCAUCAGGCGGUUCAUGAAGGAACAUGCGAAGCAGAUUUGGGUAGAACAUGUCCCCACCAAGAAGAAGAAGCAGCUGUGGUAUAGGAAAGACGACGAGCCAAGAUACCCAUACAAGGAGAGCAAAUUCUGAACAUAGACUUGGGCAGUGUAGGAUAUGGGGGAACAUAAACUUGGGGCAGUGUAAGAUAUGGGUGGGACAUUUCGGCGUUUACGAAUCACAGAUACCUCAUUAGACAUUGUAUGUACCAUAUAAUAUGACAAACAACCUGGAC